AUGAUUUCCAAUCGCAGUCUCACGACAUCGUAUAAUAACACCACGCCGCGAGUUGCUGUCGAGCGCAACCACCCAGAACCCAAACACCUGUCGAAUCUGCCACCGAGCUCAACAAUGAAGCCCUCCCACUACGAGACGCAUACUCAUUCAUCAUACCAAUAUUAUCCCUCGGAAUACCAAUGUUGCCAGGAUUACCAUGACGCGGUAUCCGCCAACCCCCAAAUCCAUUCGUGCAUGUAUUCGACGUACCACGCCGCACCGUGUUUCACUGCCUCCACGUCACAUACAGGGACGUUUACGUCCCCGUCCGCCAGUUUUGCAGCUUCAACAGGGGGGCAAUGUAAUAGCCGCGAUCCUUACAACAAUAACUGGGAUACAUCGAUGCACGAUGCUGUUUCACCGCACGUCCUACCGCAGAGAUGCUCGGUGUCACCCGCCGAAUCAAGUGAUAGUGAUCUUUCAUGUAUGGCGCAGGAUGAACAGCAGCCCUCCUCCGCCACCGAUAUCACGUACCGGACCUUCAUCACAUACAUGCCACCAUCAUCGGCUGACUCAAAUGAUGUCCCGAUGUCAGACCCAUUUUCUCGACAGCAAUAUCCUUCCCACAACCUUCAUCAUCAUGUCAGCGCCGCUUCACACUCACUAGCCAAUUCAACAAUAUCUUCAUCACGCCUUGAUUAUGAUUCAUCUAUUGGCUCCGCUCUAUCGCAUCAACCUAUACCUGAGACACCUCCGGCCCUCGCAUUCAAAGAACCCAUCACUCUUCAUCAUCCCCGUCCAAGACGACUUUUCCUCAAUCGUCUUCUGACCGAGACGAUUCCCUUUGAUGAGGAGCCGGUAAUACAAUCGUGCAAGGCCCCAGAAGGUGUUCAGAAGCAACCAUUGUCUCCGAAUUCCCUUCUGUGUCAGCCGGCUCCUCCAUCUGUCAUGUUUCCUCCCGGUGCAGGAGUCAGUGGCAGUUGUCUCCCUGAUAUCGCCUUCCAGGAUUCGACUUCUUGUUCUAAUUUCCCCUACGAUCGUAACGAACUUGCCCAGAAUGCCGUAGUUUGUACGUGUGGCUGUAUGGGUUCCUAUUACAUGACGCACUAG